AUGAAAGAGAAGUCCAAAAAUGCUGCCCGGACUAGGAGAGAGAAGGAAAACAGUGAAUUUUAUGAACUGGCUAAAUUACUGCCUUUGCCCUCGGCUAUCACCUCGCAGCUGGACAAAGCAUCCAUAAUCAGACUUACCACCAGCUAUCUCAAAAUGAGAGUGGUGUUCCCAGAAGGGCUCGGCGAGGCAUGGGGCCAUUCCAGUCGGACCAGCCCUCUGGACAACGUGGGCCGAGAACUGGGCUCCCACCUGCUCCAGACCCUAGAUGGCUUCAUCUUCGUGGUGGCCCCAGAUGGGAAAAUCAUGUACAUCUCAGAGACAGCCUCAGUCCACCUGGGUCUUUCUCAGGUUGAGCUGACCGGGAACAGUAUUUAUGAAUACAUCCACCCAGCUGACCACGAUGAGAUGACGGCGGUACUCACAGCCCACCAGCCCUACCACUCUCACUUUGUACAGGAGUAUGAGAUUGAGCGCUCCUUCUUCUUGAGGAUGAAAUGUGUCUUGGCCAAGAGGAAUGCGGGCCUCACCUGUGGUGGCUACAAGGUCAUUCACUGCAGCGGCUACUUGAAAAUCCGUCAGUACAGCCUGGACAUGUCCCCUUUCGACGGCUGCUACCAGAACGUGGGUCUGGUGGCUGUGGGCCAUUCGCUACCGCCCAGUGCUGUCACGGAGAUCAAGCUGCACAGCAAUAUGUUUAUGUUCCGCGCCAGCCUGGACAUGAAGCUCAUCUUCCUUGACUCCAGAGUGGCAGAGCUGACGGGGUACGAGCCUCAGGACCUGAUUGAAAAGACCCUGUACCACCACGUGCAUGGCUGCGACACCUUCCACCUGCGCUGUGCGCAUCACCUACUGCUGGUGAAGGGACAAGUGACCACCAAGUACUACAGGUUCCUGGCGAAGCACGGCGGCUGGGUGUGGGUGCAGAGCUAUGCGACCAUUGUGCACAACAGUCGUUCGUCCAGACCUCACUGCAUCGUCAGCGUCAACUACGUUCUCACAGACACAGAAUACAAAGGGCUGCAGCUGUCCCUGGAUCAGAUCUCAGCCUCCAAACCAGUCUUCUCCUAUGCCAGCAGCUCGACCCCCACCAUGACUGACAAUAGGAAGGGGACCAAGUCCCGGCUCUCUAGCUCAAAGUCAAAAUCUAGGACUUCCCCAUACCCUCAGUAUUCAGGAUUUCACACGGAGAGAUCUGAAUCUGAUCAUGACAGCCAGUGGGGCGGAAGUCCCUUGACAGACACAGCCUCUCCACAGCUCCUGGACCCCGUGGACAGGCCCGGCUCUCAGCACGACACAUCAUGUGCCUACAGACAGUUCUCCGACCGAAACUCUCUCUGCUAUGGUUUUGCACUUGACCAUACUAGGCUGGUGGAGGAGAGGCAUUUCCACACCCAGGCCUGUGAGGGAGGCCGGUGCGAGGCAGGCAGGUACUUCCUGGGAACGCCACAGACCGGGAGGGAGCCUUGGUGGGGCUCUCGUGCAGCCUUGCCCCUGACCAAGGCCUCCCCAGAAAGCAGAGACGCCUAUGAAAACAGCAUGCCUCACAUCACCUCAGUCCACAGGAUCCACGGGCGAGGUCAUUGGGAUGAAGACAGUGUGGUCAGUUCUCCAGAUCCUGGAUCUGCCAGCGAAUCAGGUGACCAGUAUCGUACUGAGCCGUAUAGUAGCCCACAUGAACCUAGUAAAAUUGAAACUCUGAUAAGAGCCACCCAGCAAAUGAUUAAAGAAGAAGAGAACAGAUUGCAGCUAAGGAAACCACCCCCAGACCAACUGGCUUCCAUCAAUGGAACUGGGAAGAAACACUCACUUUGUUUUGCAAACUACCAACAGCCCCAGCCGGCAGGUGAGGUCUGCCAUGGAUCGGCUCUUGCCAGUACUUCACCAUGUGACCACAUCCAGCAGAGAGAGGGAAAGAUGCUGAGCCCUCAUGAGAAUGACUAUGACAACAGCCCCACUGCACUGUCUCGGAUAAGUAGCCCCAAUUCGGAUCGCGUUUCAAAAUCCAGUUUGAUCCUAGCUAAAGAUUAUCUACAUUCGGAUAUAUCUCCUCAUCAGACAGCAGGAGACCAUCCUGCAGUCUCUCCAAACUGCUUUGGCUCUCAUCGACAGUAUUUUGAUAAGCAUGCUUACACAUUAACUGGAUAUGCUCUGGAGCACUUAUAUGACAGUGAAACCAUUAGAAACUAUUCCUUGGGCUGUAAUGGCUCACACUUUGAUGUAACUUCCCAUCUAAGGAUGCAACCAGACCCCUCACAAGGACACAAGGGAACAUCUGUUAUAAUAACCAAUGGAAGCUGA